GGAGGAUCCCGCUAGGGGAGCCCGGCGAGGGCUGGAGCCGGGCGGCCGCCUCCCACCCGGGCUGUCCGGCGGUGGGUGCCUCCGCCCUCUCGUGGGUCCCGGGUGCCGGGGGAUGUGUGUCCGUUUACGCCUCUGAGAUCACACAGCUGCCUGGGGCCGUGUGAUGCCUACGGCAAGUCUUGGCUUUUAUUUUUAUUAUAAUUUUUUUUUACGCUUGGCUUUCGGGAAAUACUCGUGAUGUUGUAGGAUAAAGGAAAUGAUACUUUGAGGAACUGGAGAGGACAUAGAUCCGUUUUGUGUCUCAGAGAAGAGAACCGUCCCCUCUUCCCGGCUUGCUCCCUCUUGGCUGUUUUCAAGAGCGACCGACCCUCCUCCCGGUGAGGUGGGGAUCCAGCAAGGAUAAAGGUGAAGACGGGCCGCCGGGGCCCAGGAGGGAGGCGCUGACCAUUAGAAUCCUCCGCAGAAGACACUGUGAGGAAGACCACAAGGGCGAGAAAAACACAAAGACUUACAAUUAUACAAGAAACCCACACAUCCAGCCCUGGAGAGAGCCUCUUUCUCCAAAAUGGAUAUGUUUCCUCUCACCUGGGUUUUCUUAGCUCUCUACUUUUCAGGACGCGGAGUGAGAGGCCAACCAGACCCACCCUGUGGCGGUCGUUUGAAUUCCAAAGAUGCUGGCUACAUCACCUCGCCAGGUUACCCCCAGGACUACCCGUCCCACCAGAACUGCGAGUGGAUUGUUUACGCGCCCGAACCCAACCAGAAGAUUGUCCUCAACUUCAACCCGCACUUUGAAAUCGAGAAGCAUGACUGCAAGUAUGACUUCAUCGAGAUCCGGGAUGGGGACAGUGAGUCUGCAGACCUCCUGGGGAAGCACUGCGGGAACAUCGCUCCGCCCACCAUCAUCUCCUCGGGCUCCGUGCUCUACAUCAAGUUCACCUCUGACUAUGCCCGGCAGGGUGCGGGCUUCUCCCUGCGCUACGAGAUCUUCAAGACAGGCUCCGAGGAUUGUUCGAAAAACUUCACAAGCCCCAACGGGACCAUCGAGUCCCCCGGGUUCCCCGAGAAGUACCCACACAACUUGGACUGCACCUUCACCAUCCUGGCCAAGCCCAAGAUGGAGAUCGUCCUGCAAUUUCUGACCUUUGACCUGGAGCACGACCCCUUGCAGGUGGGAGAGGGAGACUGCAAGUACGACUGGCUGGACAUCUGGGACGGCAUCCCGCACGUGGGUCCCCUGAUCGGCAAGUACUGCGGGACCAAGACACCCUCUGAACUACGUUCGUCGACAGGGAUCCUCUCUCUGACCUUUCACACGGACAUGGCGGUGGCCAAGGAUGGCUUCUCUGCCCGCUACUACCUGGUCCACCAAGAACCGCUCGAGAACUUUCAGUGCAAUGUCCCCCUGGGAAUGGAGUCCAGCAGGAUUGCUAACGAGCAGAUCAGUGCCUCCUCUACCUACUCUGACGGGAGGUGGAGACCUCAGCAAAGCCGGCUCCACGGUGAUGACAACGGCUGGACACCCAACUUGGAUUCCAACAAGGAGUAUCUCCAGGUGGACCUGCGCUUUCUCACCGUGCUCACGGCCAUUGCAACGCAGGGGGCGAUUUCCAGGGAGACCCAGAAUGGCUAUUAUGUCAAAUCCUACAAGCUGGAAGUCAGUACUAAUGGCGAAGACUGGAUGGUGUACCGGCAUGGCAAAAACCACAAGGUGUUCCAGGGCAACAGCGACCCCACGGAGGUGGUUUUGAACAGGCUGCACAUGCCGCUGCUCACGAGGUUCGUCAGGGUCCGCCCUCAGACCUGGCACGCGGGCAUCGCCCUCCGGCUGGAGCUCUUCGGCUGCCGGGUCACAGACGCCCCCUGCUCCAACAUGCUGGGCAUGCUCUCGGGCCUCAUCACAGACGCGCAGAUCUCCGCCUCCUCCACCCGCGAGUACCUCUGGAGCCCCAGCGCCGCCCGCCUGGUCAGCAGCCGCUCGGGCUGGUUCCCCCGGAUCCCUCAGGCCCAGCCCGGUGAGGAGUGGCUGCAGGUGGACCUGGGAGCGCCCAAGACGGUGAAGGGCGUCAUCGUCCAGGGGGCGCGAGGAGGAGACAGCAUCACUGCGGUGGAGGCCAGGGCGUUUGUGCGCAAGUUCAAAGUCUCUUACAGCCUGAACGGCAAGGACUGGGAAUACAUCCAGGACCCCAGGACCCAGCAGCCAAAGCUGUUUGAAGGGAACAUGCACUACGACACCCCUGACAUCCGAAGGUUCGACCCCGUCCCUGCGCAGUACGUGCGGGUGUACCCCGAGAGGUGGUCGCCAGCAGGAGUCGGGAUGCGGCGGGAGGGGCUUGGCUGUGACUGGACAGAUGCCAAGCCCACCGUGGAGACCCUGGGACCCACCGUGAGGAGCGAAGAGACCACCACCCCGUAUCCCAUUGACGAGGAGGCCACGGAGUGCGGGGAGAACUGCAGCUUUGAGGACGACAAAGAUUUGCAGCUCCCUUCAGGAUUCAACUGCAACUUCGAUUUCCCCGAGGAGGCCUGCGGCUGGAUCUACGACCACGCCAAGUGGCUCCGGAGCACCUGGGCCAGCAGCACCAGCCCCAACGACCGCACGUUCCCAGAUGACAGGAACUUCUUGCGGCUGCAGAGCGACGGGCGGAGAGAGGGCCAGUACGCGCGGCUCAUCAGCCCGCCCGUGCACCUGCCCCAAAGCCCCGUGUGCAUGGAGUUCCAGUACCAGGCCACGGGCGGCCGCGGGGUGGCGCUGCAGGUGGUGCGCGAAGCCAGCCAGGAGAGCAAGCUCCUCUGGGUCAUCCGCGAGGACCAGGGCAGCGAGUGGAAGCACGGCCGCAUCAUCUUGCCCAGCUACGACAUGGAGUAUCAGAUUGUGUUCGAGGGCGUCAUCGGAAAAGGACGUUCCGGAGAAAUCGCCAUCGAUGACAUCCGGAUAAGCACCGACGUCCCGCUGGAGAACUGCAUGGAACCCAUCUCAGCAUUUGCAGGUGAGAAUUUUAAAGUGGACAUCCCAGAAGUACAUGGGAGAGAGGGCUACGAAGAUGAAAUUGUUGACGAGUACGAAGUGGACUGGAGCAAUGCUUCUUCCUCCACCUCAGGGUCCAGCACCCCUUCGGCCGACAAAGAGAAGAGCUGGCUCUACACGCUGGAUCCCAUCCUCAUCACCAUCAUCGCCAUGAGCUCGCUGGGCGUCCUCCUGGGGGCCACAUGCGCCGGGCUGCUGCUCUACUGCACCUGCUCCUACUCGGGCCUGAGCUCCCGCAGCUGCACCACGCUCGAGAACUACAACUUCGAGCUCUACGACGGCCUCAAGCACAAGGUCAAGAUGAACCACCAGAAGUGCUGCUCCGAGGCGUGACGGAUUGCACCCAAAUCGCAUCUGACGUUUCAUUCCAGCGAGAGGGGCUAGUGAAGAUUACAAUUUUUCUCCCCUUUGGAAACUGAAUGCCAUAAUCUCGAUCAAACUGAUCCAGAAUUACCGAAGGCGUGGGCAGGGCAGGCGGGCAAGUGGAGGGAAGAGGGAGAUGCAGCCGCGUGGGUAGGGAGGGGUGCCACGACCCACCUAGCACCGCGGGGGGCCGAGUCAUUGCUGGGACAAAGACGGGAGCUCAUCUCUUUGGGGUCACAGUUCUCUUUCGUUUGUGAGUUUGUUAUUAUUAUUAAUUAUUAUUAUAUUUUAUUUCUUUGGUCUGUGAGCAACUCGAAGAGGCAGAAGAGAAUGGCUUUUCUAGCAUAGAAGCAGAGGGGGAUCGUUAUUCUCUGCUUUCUGUUUCUAAUCAACGCUUGAAAAGCAAAGGGUCUUUUCACACUUUCCACCUUCAGGGGAAAAAACUCACAAUCCAAGCCGUGCAGCUUAUCCCGUCUCCUGAUCUCCUGACUUACGGGAUCUGCUGUGGCGAAGGCCCUGCCGCCCACCCUGCGCGCUGCCGUGCCCAGUCCUAGCAUUUACAUAGGAUGUCGUUGCCUUUAGCUUUUUUUAUCCAGGGGAAAAUUGCCAUUUAGGGUCAGCACGAACAGCUCUUUCCUACAUGCGAUUUAAAACAAACCAGAAAGGAAACUUCACACGUCAAAAUCCACGGAAGCACCUCCAUGUUAGACGUGGACGAGCCUUAAGGAGCUUUGUGAAUAGGAGCCAUUCAGACCAGGAUUUAUGGCUGUGGGGCUCCUGCGGGGCCUCUGGGGGUGGUUCUGCUUCCCGCCCCCCUCCUUGUUCUCCUAAGACAUGGACACAUGCACACACAUGCAUGCACCCCCCCGCCACAUAUGUCUCUAAGCCCCAGGAAAGGCCUCAUUUGAUAGUCUCAAAGGUGGGGUGGGGAGACACAAGCUGUUUUCUCUGUCGGUGCCAGGUGCCUGGUGCCCACCGGGUGGAAAGGGGCAGUGGAGGGGGAAAGAAGUCCAGCCCCUGAUCGUGUGAUGGCAAAGGCUGAGCAGACCGUACAGAGAAUCUUGAUGAGUCAGCCUCUCCACGAGUAAACAUUGAUCUCUCCUUGGGGUUACGGCCACCACCUCCACCUUUCAGGAGAGGGGGCCAGGAUGUCAGGGUGUCUCGCCGGAAGUCUGCAAGCACUGUGAACCAAAACGCUGGCAACCCUGUCUGAACCCCAGAGAGACCGAUGUUCUCUCACACACAUACACGCACCAAUUUAUGUGUUUUUUUUUAUUAAGUGCCUUGAAAAAGUGAAGAAAAAUGUAUUUUCCCUCUAUGUCGAAAUCAGUGAAUAUCAUACAAGUUAAGGCAUUCCUCCUUCCCUAACCCCAGGGGCUCCCCGCCCAGCUCCCCCACCUCACCGCUGACCUAAUGGAAUAAGCCCGCUGCCCAAGUGGUCGUCAUUGCCCAGAUGACUCUCAGCUGCUCCAGAAGGGGGCACAUCAGGAAUGGAUGAACCUGUGCGAAGGAUAGGAUUGUCCGCGUCAAGAUCCAAAUCUGAUUUUGUAGUGACGCCUAAGGUUUACCUGUGUGCUGGUUGAAACUCUACCGGCGUGCCCAGCCUAUCGCAUAAACUGUCCGACCAUUUUUGCUGCUAUGGUCACCCCAAUCUCAUGUGUCUCGUGCCCAGGUGGAAGGGGGAGGGUGAAUGGGGCUGGCAGUUUCCUGUGUUAACUCAUGGAAAUGCUGGUUCACAUGGGAACGUCACCAUGUUUUGUGUGCAGAGAGGGACUCAUGCCAACAGCUAUUUAUUCCUACGUGUGUGUGUCUGUGCCGCCUUUGAGUUCUCUGUAUCUACUGUGUAUGUGAAUGGUCACGUGGGACUCAGUGGUGUUGUUGUGACUUUGACUCUGACCGAGGGCCUGAGUUAACUGCUGAUCUCAGCACUCGCUGGCACCGUGGUAGUUAGAGGUGAAAAGUAAAGCCGUCAAGCCCAAGGGCUUAGCUUUAGGCCCACCCUGAGCUGGGCGUAGAGCAGAAGCAAGUGUUUAAGUAGCCUACCCUCCUCUUCGCCUUCCCGUGUGGCUCCGUGUUCAGGAAGCUAGCAAGUCCUGGGGAUUUACAGGAGCAGCCUACAGAAGAAGAGAAGUUCAGACGUCUACUCUGGGGGUCUGGCUGUCUCAUGCCCAAUGGACCGUGUUACAGCUCCCCAAAGACCAGCCCUGUCUCCAGCCUGCAGUUCACCUCUAAGUUACAUACAACUCAGCCUGCAUCCCUCUGUAUCCAUGUUCUCCGUGAAGCCCCAGGCGGGCCCUGAAUGCUGAACAAAAGCAGGCUCCCCAGGGCUGCGUGUAGAUACCUCACCAAUGCUGGAGGCUGGUCUCUGACGAGACAGAAAGAUAGUGGCCCCCCGAUUAUAACUUGGCCAGAGGGCACCCUGGUGCAUUUGUCAUCUCCAUCGGCAGGUGGGCUGGCUGACCCGUUUCCUUAAGUCAUUCCCUUUGGGAAACCCAACUCACAGUAUUGAUCUCCUUUUUUGCCUUGUACUGACUGACACAUUACCUCCACGCUCUCCCGGACUAGACAGGCCACAGGCCACAGGUUGCUUUCUCUCUUAGGUGGGAAUGAGGAGUUGACAGGGAUAAGGGUCCAAGGAAUGAGCACGAAUGGCAAGAAAACAAGGGGAGAAGUUAAGCCAUCACACAGGUUAACUUUUCCAGGGUUUGCAGUUAAAGGUAUACGACCAUUUGCUGGCUGAGCCAGAUCACGGGAACUUGAGAGCUUUUACUGUGAUUCUUCAAUGUAAAAAUUAAACAAACAACAAUGUCAAACUGUGUUUAUAUGAUUUGUAUAAAGCCUUUUUAAGAUUACUAUUUAAAUAAACAUUAUACCAGAGA